GCUCCGAAGGCUCUCUCUUCAGGUGAUGCUUCAGAGUUGCAUCAAUUGCUUUUGCGUAUCAAUGACUUGAAAGUGGCUGAACUGCGCGCCGAACUCGAGAAACGUGGCGCACGUCUUAAGGGUAACCUAAAAAAGGCGGAUUUGACCACAAAAUUGCGGCAAAUUAUUACUCAAUUGCUCGAAGACGAGAACGUUGUGAGCGAUGAGGUUAAGAACGACUGGUGGGCGCAGAAAAUACUUAGCAAAGAGAGCGCUGCCAAUGAGGACACCGAAGAGGAGAAGACUGCCGAAGCGAAUCAGGAAAGUAUUGAUCCCAUUGUGGACUCAAAUUCAGUUGUUUGUGAGGACAACACCACAAAUGAGUCCAACGAUAUCGUUAUGAUUGAAAACGACAAUCAAAGCAAAGAAGGCGAACAAAUGGUUAUUGAUUUGGGCGACGAUAAGACCACUGAUAGUGAAAUCCAAACCAACGGAACUGCAGAAAAAUCCACACAAAAUGGAACGGCUAAACGCAAGAAUGACUCGCAAUCACCAAAGGAUGCGAAGAAAGCCAAGAAUGGAGAUGUGGUUCAGGAAGUGAUUCCCACAAAAGUGACGGACGGAUGUGUUUACGUGAAGGGAGGGGAGAAUCUGACUGUAAUCACACUCCACGAGGCAUUGAAUCACCAGAGAUACGAUCAGUUUGAGGUCUCAUUG